GGAGGCGGCGGCGGCGGCGGCGAAGGAGGCGGCGGCGGCGGCGGAGGGGGGAAGAUGGCGGCGCCCGUCCUGUUGAGAGUGUCGGUGCCGCGGUGGGAGCGGGUGGCCCGGUAUGCAGUGUGCGCCGCUGGGAUCCUGCUCUCCAUCUACGCCUACCACGUGGAGCGGGAGAAGGAGCGGGACCCCGAGCACCGGGCCCUCUGCGACCUGGGGCCCUGGGUGAAGUGCUCCGCCGCCCUUGCCUCCAGAUGGGGUCGAGGAUUUGGUCUUUUGGGUUCCAUUUUUGGAAAGGAUGGUGUAUUAAACCAGCCAAACAGUGUCUUUGGACUUAUAUUUUAUAUACUACAGUUAUUACUUGGCAUGACAGCAAGCGCAGUUGCAGCUUUAAUCCUCAUGACAUCCUCCAUCGUGUCUGUGGUCGGGUCUCUGUACCUGGCCUACAUUCUGUACUUUGUGCUGAAGGAGUUUUGCAUCAUCUGCGUCAUCACAUAUGUGCUGAACUUCAUUCUUCUUAUCAUCAACUACAAACGACUAGUUUACUUGAAUGAGGCCUGGAAACGGCAGCUGCAGCCUAAGCAGGACUGACAGCCGGACGAACUCUGAACUGACAGUCGGAAAGUCCCCUUUUCCAUUAAGUUUAUUUUGCAGCAGUUUUUUGUUUGUUUGUUUGUUUUUUAAUUCUUUACAACAGACACUUUCCCUAAGAAUCUUAAACUGAUUUUUUAAAAUCCUGUAAAUUAGAAGGGGCCCUAGCUAUUUUCUGUGUCAAUCUUCAUUUUAAAUAUGGCUACAAAAAAAAAAAAAAAGAAAGAAAAAAGGAUAUGCCGAGCCAAUCAAAGACAAGCUUUAACUUUACUUUGAAGAUGUUUCUGAAAUAAUAAAAUGUAGCCCUAGCCCCCUGCCCUUGAUUGUAAAGUGAGCAACCAUUGCUAGUAAUUCUCUAAUGUGUAUAAAUUCAAUUUCAGGUAUAACAAAUGUGAUCAUGACAUGAAAAUAUUUUAGAAUAGAUACUGUAUUAAAUAUUGCCAUGUUUACAAUAUGUAAUAUGUUUUUAGCCGAUGGAUUUAAACAUAUAGAUUCAACUAGAAUCCAUUUAUGUGAUAUUUGUAAAUAAAGGUAGACCUAUUGGAUCCAUCCCUGCAGAACUUACUGUACAGUUUAGUUGAAGUGUAGCAAUGAGGAAUUGUCAGCCCAAUGUUGACUGAAGAAAUAGUGAAAGUAGUAAGUACAGAGCAUCUUGUGAAAAGAACUGACAGCUGUGGGUUCAAUACUGACAGCAAAAAUAAUAGGGUAGUUGGUUCCCUUUCAUCUCCUUCCUCGGAAAGGAAGAAACUAAAUUUGGACACUCAAGUCAAGCUUGCGUCUAGUCAUAAAACUGGAUCGAUUAUAACCUUACAAAAUGUGUCAUGUGACCAGACCUUCACGUCCAAUGCCUUCAGGACACCAAAGAUGGGGAAAUGGCUUAGAUUUCUUUGGCGAAAAGCUGGAAACAUUAAUAUGGCAUUUUUAGGUAAAGUCUCUUACAGUAGCUGAAUUUUCAUGCAGAUAUUUUUCCUUAACAUGGGUGCCAGUCGACCAAACAGUAUGAGGACCUUGAAAUAACCAGUAUAAGCCCAGUUGCUCCAGAGCAGGAUUGCUCUUGGGUAGCUCCGUAGUAUCUCCUGUUUCAUUCUGCACUAAUUGGAUGUCUAGUUUAAUUGCUGUAGAGUCACUAUUAGAUUUGUAAAUUUUAGGGCUGACACGCUGCUCAGCUUGCUCCAUCAGGAGUGGUGCAGGUAGAAAUAUCUGAAGGUGAAGUACUCUAACGGUGUCGCUGCUCUUUCUAGAAAACUACGCAAAUGCCCAGGUUUUAAAGGUGAUGUGAAUAAACCCAAAUGAAAUUGCGACAGUAUGUUUCCAUGGCUAAUACCUUCUAUCAGAAUGUUAAAAGUGCCUUCUGUCUUAAACCUCAAACCAAAUAUUUUGUGUGUUGAACUUGGGCAGAAGUGUCCUUCCUUCCUCUCACCAUGAAGUAGAAAACCUGCAUUAUUCUCUGGAAGGGUUCUGUAUGAUCAUUUUAUUGCUUACACUGAGAAGUAGUAGCAAUGUUUUUGCUUCCAGUUAGAGUCAUCGUUGUGUUCAAGAGAGACCGGGAACUUCUGAGUGCUUCCCAAGCCUUCUUUCUGAAGGGAGGGGACAGGCUCUGCUCUGUAAGCCGUGAUGUGUAGAGUCAGCAGCUUUCAGCAGCGUCCAACUAACUGUCCUAACUGAUGCAAUGUAUUUUUUUGGCCCAAGGCAGGUGUAACAUCUGAACUGUAAUGAACUUUCAACCAGUUUUACCCAGUUUCGUAAAAGUCAAAUUCGGAUUUCCAGGCUUAUGUUUUCCCAUGAAUGUGAAUAGUCCAAUGCCUGUUUUAUUAUGUAUGUACUGUUCUUGUUUCUGUAGUGAAUGAACUACAGAAAGCAUUGGAUUGGAUGUCUGGUGUUGGUGGAGAAACAAGUCCCAACGUGGAAGAACUUGUCCAGUGAGGUCAUCUCGUAGCAGCACUUCCAGUCCUGCCAAGCAGCUUCCGGUUCUUUCUUCUAAGCUAGAGUGGAAAUGGUUAACAGUGAAGACUUCUGGGGUAUAUAUAACACCGGCUGUGCUAAAUAAGUUCCUCAUGUCCCAAUUUAAAAGGGUUUUUCAUCAUAUUUUGUAUCAAUCAGCAGAGUAUAGUUAAAGCUUGUCUUGAUGUUGCAUCCUUGGAAAUGUCUUCAACUCUUAUAGGAUAAAACGUGAAAAACGUUCAGCCAGACCCUUCCAGGUUUUCCUUUGCUUUCCUAAUAAGCCUUGGGGAGAACACCACUGUUUCAGUCAUACAAAAUUUUUUGCCACGUUCCCGUGACCCCGGUAGAAUUUGUACCUUUUUUCUCACUGAGCGAUGAAGGCAUGCUGCCUGAAAUAACAGCACCGUGCUGCUGGUAUCUCAGUAGGCAACAGGACCCCGGGGGAAGAAUUUAGUCUCCCCUCUCCAUCCUGUCUUCUGCCCCAAGAAGGAGAAGACACCGUGCUGUAGAAUUUGAGGACUGUUAUGACUACGUUAGACUCAGUAUUUAAAACACUGCAACAUCACUAGCCACCAACACGGAAGAACAAAGUGGGGGAGGGGGAGACUGGAUGUCUGUUUCAUGCAGUAAUUCCAUGCUUCUUGGUUUGGGGAACGAGUCCCUUAUUUACUUGGCAGUCGUAUCAUUUGAAGAAAUAAGCUGUGGUUAGAUGACAAAUUCUAGGUGGCUUGGUGGAUUUCAUUCGGUUUUUCAUUGCAGCUAGGUGCUUUCCACGAAGGUAAACUGGUGAAUAACUCAGGUUUAACUAGCUGUGUGCCAGGAAUUACUUCUACUUGAUGUAUGUCACCUCUCUUUAAAUCCGUUACUUUUAAAGAUGUUGAAAGCAUUGACUAUUUUCAUACAGAGACAGAGAUCUGUCGUUUGGUACAAGAGAUCUUUGGACCCUACUCGGUAGGAUAUAGGACCAAGACUCCAGUGAAAUUAAAACUAUUUGUUGGCUUUAGUUUGCUUGUAUUUCGUUUAUAAGAUUAUCAGCAAAAGUGCGAAGUCAUCUUCAGCGACUACUUCGUAACUGAGAUUGGAACCACCGCUUGACAUGAGUGAAAGCUGGCAAAUCUUGUCUUGAAAGUUCAUGUUAGACAAAUGCCAACAAGAAAUCCACUUAUCAUUUUUGGUAACCUAUUUGGGAAGGAAUACCUAACAUGCAACCUUUGUCCUCAUGUGUUUUCCCCCAACACGCAAGCAUUGGUGGAACAUUUCUAUUCAGACAUUUUAGGCAGCACUUAUGAUUCCUAAUCUGUGAGAACUCUCCCCUUCGAUAAAACAGGAGGGGCAGGGGUGGGAAUCCAGGCUACUUGGUUUUUUGUUGUUUUUUUUAACAAAUGAGCCCAGAAAAGGUGAAAUGUUUUGUUAUAAAACUGUAUUAAGCAUGGCCUAAGUAUUAGGUGUAUGAUCUGUAUAGUAUGUUCCAUCAGAAAUAUUUAUUACUAGUGCUUUAAGCUCCAGAGCAAACAUUCAUAUAAAGUGGAGUUCACUGGGCAGACUUCCCCCUUUACUAUAGAUUGAAAUAUUCUUUAUCAGAGACUUAGGACCGUUUUGCUAACUGGUAAAAACAAAUGUAAAUAUGUAAGAAUGUUUAUUUGUUGCACAUAACUUUUUUGGUAUAAAAUAAAUGUAGCCGUAAUU